AUGAUGUAUUGAUGUGGCAAAUGUUGUUAAACAAUGAUAAUUAUUACAUUUUUUUUAUUUAUUAAUUCUAUAUAAAUAAGAAAUCGAAACUAUAGCAAGAGGUUAUUAAGAAAGUAAUGGAUAUCCAAAAUGAUAAAGAAGAAAUUGAUAUCCACGAUGAUAUUCUGUCGAAUAUCAAUGUAAAACAAGAAAUGAUUGUCGAAGUAUCAAAAAUUCAAAAUAUAAAUGAACAAAUGAAUGGAAUUUAUUCAAUCAAACAAGAAGUAAACAAUGAAAUAAUUGAUAACCAUGCGGACGCAGCCAAUGAAACAAAAAUGAGCAUUCUCAGUACUCACAUUGCAAGAAACAAACUGGGAUAUUUAAAAGUUAACCGUGUAAAGCUAAUUAAAUCAAAAAUUACAGGGCUGAUAAGAAAAGGGAAAUAUAUUCAACCAAAUGCUAUGGGAUUAAUGAUAUGUGUAUAUUGUGGGAAGUUAUACACAAAACAAGUAGAAUUGUUAAGGCACAUAACAAUGAAUCAUUGUAUGAAACAAAACAAAUUAUUUUCAAAGUGUAACAAUCACCAUAAAAGUGAUACCUGUAUUAUGGGAAAUCUUGAUAUAAAAAGUGAAAUUGAGGUAGUUGAACCUGAAUUAAAAGUAGAGUUGCAAGAAACCAUGAAUCAUUUGGAUGUUACUGAUAGUUUAAACACACGUGUACAUGAGAAAUUACCUGUAAAAGGAACUAAUUCAAAUAUGUCAUCGAAUACUUACACUAGGGCAAAACCAUUUAAAUGUGACAUUUGUUCAAAAACUUUUCGAUAUACAAGUUACUUGAAGAAACAUUUGCGUAGUCAUACAGGAGAAAAGCCAUUCAAAUGUAACAUUUGUUUAAAAACUUUUUCACAGAUAGGUAGUUUGAAUAUACAUGUUCGCAAUCAUACAGGAGAAAAGCCAUUCAAAUGUGGUAUUUGUAUGAAAUCUUUUACAAAUAAAAGUAGUUUGAAUAUACAUUUACGGAGUCAUACAGGAGAAAAGCCAUUCAAAUGUGACAUUUGUAUGAAAUCUUUUACAAAUAAAAAUGGUUUGAAUACACAUUCAAAAAAUCACGCAGGUGAAAAGCCAUUUAAAUGUGAUAUUUGUUUGAAAUCUUUCACACGGAAAAGAAUUUUAAAUAGACAUUUAAAAAGUCACACAGGUGAAAAGCCAUUUGAGUGUAGCAUUUGCAUGAAAUCCUUUACAAAUAAAAAUAAUUUGAAUACACAUUUAAAAAGUCACACAGGUGAAAAACCAUUUAAAUGUGGCAUUUGUAUGAAAUCUUUUACACAUAAAAGUAGUUUAAAUACACAUUUGCCUAGUCAUACAGGAGAAAAGCUGUUCAAAUGUGGUUUUUGUAUGAAAUCUUUCACAUAUAAAAGUAGUUUAAAUCCACAUUUACGAAGUCACACAGGAGAAAAGCCAUUUGAAUGUGGCAGUUGUUUGAAAUCUUUCACAUAUAAAAGUAGUUUGAAUAUACAUUUACGAAGACAUACAGGUGAAAAGCCAUUCAAAUGUGGCAUUUGUAUGAAAUAUUUCACAUAUAAAACUAGUUUGACUAAACAUUUAAGAAGUCACAUUGGUUAUAUGUCUUAUAUAGUUGAAAUUGUGAUUUAUUCUUUCAGUUUUGUACUUAUUAAGAUUAUUAACAAAGACAUGGAUAUCCAAAAUAUUAAAGAAGAAAUUGAUAUCCAAAUUGUUAAAGAAGAAAUAGAUAUCCACAAUGAUAUUUUGUCGAAUAUCGAUAUGAAACAAGAAUUAAUUGACGAAAUAUCUACGAUAAAAAUUGAAAAUACAAGUGAACAUAUAAAUGGAAUUUAUUCAAUCAAACAAGAAGUAAAUGAAGACCAGAAUAGAACUAAAAUAUUUGAUAACCGUUUCGAUGUAGCCAGUAAAACAAAAAGGAAUAUGCUCAGUUCUCAUAUCUUAAGAAACAAACUGGGAUAUUUAAAAGUUGACGGUGGAAAGCGAUCUAAGUCGAGAGUUACAGGGCUGAUGAGAAAUUUACAACCAAAUGCUAUGGGGUUAAAGAUAUGUAUAUAUUGUGGGAAAUUAUACACACAACAAGUGGAAUUGUUACGGCACUCAGCAAUACAUUAUUGUAUAAAAAGAAAAAAAUUAUAUAAAAUAAAAAUCAACCAUAAAAAUAAAAGUGAUACCUGCAUUAUGGAAAAUCAUGAUAUAAAAGAUGAAAUUGAGGUAGUUGAACAUGAAUUUAAAGUGGAGUUGCAGGAAACCAAAAAUCAGUUAAAUAUUACUGAUAAUUUAAAUUUAAAUAUGGAUUUGAAUACUUACUCCGGAACAAAACCAUUUAAAUGUGAUAUUUGCUUGAAAACAUUUUUAAGGAAAACUAAUUUGAAGACACAUUUGCGUAUCCAUACAGGAGAAAAGCCAUUUAAAUGUGAUAUUUGCUUGAAAAAGUUUUUAAGAAAAACGAAUUUGAAGUCACAUUUGCGUAUCCAUACAGGAGAAAAGCCGUUCAAAUGUGAUAUUUGCUUGAGAACUUUCUUUCUUAAAUCUAACUUGAAAAGACAUUUACGUUGUCACACAGGAGAAAAGCCAUUCAAAUGUGAAGUUUGCUUAAAAAGAUUUUCACAGAAACAUAAUUUUGAUACCCAUAUGCGUAGUCAUACUGGAGAAAAGCCAUGCUGUGACAUUUGUUUGAAAUCUUUUACAUGUACAGAUAAUUUGAAGAAACAUUUGCUUAUUCAUACAGGAGAAAAAACAUUUAAAUGUGAUAUUUGCUUGAAAACAUUUUUAAGAAAAACUAAUUUGAAGACACAUUUGCGGAGCCAUACAGGAGAAAAACCAUUCAAAUGCGACAUUUGUUUGAAAACUUUCUUACUUAAAUCUAAUUUGAAUAGACAUUUACGUUGUCACACAGGAGAAAAGCCAUUCAAAUGUGACAUUUGUUUGAAAAAAUUUUCUCAGAAACGUUAUUUUGAUACACAUUUGCGUAGUCAUACAGGAGAGAAGCCAUGCUGUGACAUUUGUUUGAAAACUUUCACAUGUACGGAUAAUUUGAAAAAACAUUCGCGUAUUCAUACAGGAGAAAAACCAUUUAAAUGUGAUAUUUGCUCGAAAACUUUUUUAAGAAAAACUAAUUUGAAUACACAUUUGCGGAGCCAUACAGGAGAAAAACCAUUCAAAUGUGACAUUUGUCUGAAUUCAUUUCGAUAUGCAAAUAAUUUGAAGAGACAUUUGCGCAUUCAUACAGAAGAUGAAACAUUUAAAUGUGAUAUUUGUUUGAAAACAUUUUUAAGAAAAACCAAUUUGAAUACACAUUUGCUUAUCCAUACAGGAGAAAAGCCAUUCAAAUGUGACAUUUGUUUGAAAACUUUUACACAAAUAAGUAGUUUAAAUAGACAUUUGCUUAGUCAUACAGAAGAAAAACCAUUCAAAUGUGAUAUGUGUUUAAAAACUUUUACACAGAUAAGUAGUUUGAGGAGACAUUUGCGUAGUCACGCAGAAGAAAAGCAGCGUGAUUGA